AUGCGAGUGAGAGCACUGCCAGGAGGGGGAGCAUUCUUCGGCUACAACGGAGCAAUUAAGAAGACUACGGUAAAGCAGAUUCAGAAUGGACAGAGUUGCAUUGACGGCCAGCUGUCGAGGUUGACGAGAUUCUACCGGUGCCGACUGGAGCAGGCGAUUGAAGAAGGCGUGGAAGGUCUCGUUCUUUAUGUUAACGGGCAAGGAUCACUUCACGGGGCGAGAAGCGUGACUGAGCUCGCCGAGAAGGGCAAGCGAGCGGACGCUUCCAGACUCCUCCUGGAUCUGGUGAUGGAGAAGGGCUCCGAGGCGCGAAGGGCGAUGUGGGAAUCCUUUCUGAAAAUACAUCUCACGUUGCCGAAGCUGAACAGGAUAUUGAAAGAAAUACGGGAAAGCAGGUCUGUCCAAUUCCCCGACAUGAGCAACGAUAAGCGUUUAUCUGAAGUGCCUGUUCCAUUGAAAGAUACUCAAUGGGAACACAAGUACAAUCUCCGAACACAAACCGAAACACUGAGAGUGAACACGAUCCUGAUGCGGGAGAAGGUGAAGAUCUUCCAGCCGGUUGAUCGAUACGCUGAGCUGACGGUCAUUUCUACGGUUCGAGAUCGGAGACUGGUGGAACGCGAGCUGCUGGCAAGGGGCCGGCACCACGAGGAGUGGAGAGAGGAACAUCUCCGGAGGGAGCUGGAAAAGAUCAGAACGGAUCAACUGUUUCAGAGCUGUUACUCACAGAGCUUUUGGGAACAAAUGAAGAGAUUUUUCACUCAGCCGACUGCAGGGAGUUCGGCAGUGGUAGCCGGAGAGCCGGGCAUCGGGAAAACAACAAUGGUGCAGAAGGUUGUUCAUGACUGGGCCACGGGGAAAAUAUACCAACAAUUUAAGUUUGUUUUUAGUUUCAAAUUCUGGGAUUUAAACUCCACUAACCGUCUAAGCCUGAGGGAACUGAUUCUGAAUCAGUACCCUUACUUUGGGAAUAUCCUGAGAGAAGACUGGAAGAACCAAAAGAGACUGCUGUUUAUAUUCAAUUGAUUGGAUGAAUUUAAGCACAAAAUCAAUUUCACGGACAACCAGAGAGACACGGAGCCUCAGCAUCGGUGCCCAGGUCCGAACUUCCGGUGUAAAGUGUCUGACAUCGUGUGCGGUUUAAUCCAGCACAAACUGCUCAUAAGGUGUUCGGUGUUGGUGACCAGCCGCCCAACUGCUUUAUCUUUGUUGGAAAAAGCGGAUAUUAGUGUUUGGACUGAAAUCCUGGGAUUCGUUGGAGAUAAACGGAAAGAGUACUUCGACAGGUUUUUUGACGACCAGACGGUGGCAGCAGCUGUUUUCAAACACGUGAAGGAGAACGAUAUCCUGUACACUAUGAGCUACAACCCCUCCUACUGCUGGAUCCUCGGCCUGGCACUGGGCCCCUUCUUCACACAAAGAGUCAGGGACCCGCAGCGAAUUCCCAAGACCAUCACCCAACUAUAUUCCUACUAUAUUUACAACAUCCUGGAAAACCACGGCCGUGAGAUUGACCCCCGUGAUGUGUUACUGAGGGUUGGUGAGAUGGCCUUCGCGGGAGUGUCCGAGAGGAAGAUUGUGUUUACAGGUGAAGAUCUUGUCAAGUACAGCCUGCCACCUUCCCAAUUCCCGUCCGGCUUCCUGAUGGAAUUUUUCGAGAGACAGGAUACUGCCUGGACCAUGGUGUACACAUUCCCGCACCUCACCAUCCAAGAGUUUGCAGCCGCACUCGCACAAUUCCUGACCACAGAAGGCAAGGAUAUUAUGGAUCUCCUCACCGAAGCCCACAACACGGAAGAUGGACGAUUUGAAGUGUUUCUCCGUUUUGUUGCUGGUCUCUCAUCCCCGGGCUCAGUUCGGCGCCUAGAGGACUUUCUGGGUCCAUUUCCUCAUCAGACAACCUGUCGAGUGAUUGAUUGGGUGAAGGAAGCGUUCGAAGGCCAGAUUGAAAACUCGGAGAGUAAAACCGGUAAAAGGAAUCUCUUAAACACGCUGCACUACCUGUUUGAGACUCAGAAUAGUCGACUUGCUCAGAUCACACUGGGAUCCGUGGACGCUCUGUCACUCCGCGGAUUGCGACUGACCCUGAUGGACUGCGCGGUCCUGGCUCAUGUCAUCGGACAUUGUGAUGCAAUAAAGCACCUCGAUUUGUGUGGCUGCCGCAUCCAGUGUAAAGGACUCCGGCGGCUGGGACCCGUACUGCACAAAUGCCAGGUUUUGGGACUGGGGUACAAUGACCUGGGAGAUUCAUGUGUGCAACUGGUGUCCGCGACACUGAGGAACCCGGACUGCAAAAUUCAGAAACUGGAGCUGAAGAAUGAUGGCGUCAAGGAUCGCUCUGCCGAGUAUCUUUGCUCUGCUCUUAGUUCAAACCGCUCGCUGAUUGAACUUGACCUGGGUGAUAACAAACCGGGAGACUCAGGGUUGAAAGCUCUGUUUGCGGUUCUGGGAAACUCGGAAUGCAAAGUGCAGAAACUAAAGCUGCACAACGUCGGGCUCACGGAAUUUGGUGCCAAGGAUAUCGCCUUCUCUCUCAAUACCAACCGAUCACUGGCGGAAUUGAAUCUCCGUGGUAAUAAACUGCGAGAUUCAGGAGUGAAACAGAUGUGCGUUGCUCUCAGUAACCCGGAGUGUAAACUACAAAAACUGCGACUCUAUAGGUCCGGGUUAUCUCUGACCGGGGCCGAGCAUCUCGCCUCCUCUCUCAGCACCAACUGCUCAUUGACGGAACUGCAGCUGAUUGACAACGACCUGGGAGAAUCAGGGGUGAAACUGCUGUCUGCGGCUUUACGGAACCCGGAGUAAUUACAAAAACUAGGUUUAGAGAAUAUUGGCGUCACGCGUUCUGGCGCCGCAUACCUCGCGUCCGCUCUGAACACAAACCGAUCACUGAUCGAUAUCGACCUAAGUGGUAAUGAACUGCGAGAUGUUGGAGUGAAAGUGAUGUUCGCCGCUCUGAAGUCCCCGGAUUGUACAAUACAAAAGCUGUGUCUGAAUGAAGUCGGUCUCACAGAUUCGUGCGCAGAGGAAGUCGCUUCCGCUCUCAGUACAAACCGGUCACUGAGAGUGCUGGAUCUGCGAUCAAACUCCUUCACUGACCGAUCGGUCUCCACUCUCCGCCGCCUCAUACUGACCCUCCCAAGUCUCCAGUGGAUCCGAUUGUGCGAGAAUCAGUUCAGUUUCGGUGGAAGGAAUCAGCUGAAGUCGCUGUGCGGAAGCAGACCUGGUCUGAGAGUGGACGAGGCCCGGAGGGCUUCCAGCCCUACGACUGAACUCUGUUCCGACCCUUUCCCACUGACAUCAGCCCCCGAUUUACACAAUCCUCGGAUCAGUCGCCUACUCUCCGCCGCCUUAAUGGAAGAACCGCCGGCGAGUGCGGAGGUCGGUGCCGCGCCUGCGUAUAGCAGGAGAUUCGCGGCAGCACCACCAGUGGACGGAGGUCUGCACAUCGCCACCGAUUCCCACAGCGCCACUAGUGCCCGGAGGUCUGCACAUCGCCGUCGGUGUCAGAGCUCCUCACAGCUCCGCUGGUGGCCGGCGGUCUCGACAGAGGAAUGUCAAUCAGUGGCUGCACCCAAUAGCAGAGGCGGACUAGUCGAGAGGGCGUUAUCCCCGUUGAAUCCGUAUUCCGCCUGGUGA